AUGACAGUCUCUUCUCCUUCCACUUCCUCCUCCAACAACAAUUUAGAUCAAAGCAACAUUGAAGUGACCAUCAGUCAAUUGAUUGUCGCAUACGAAGUUUUGGUUCAUUCGCAUUCGAUUGUUGCUGUCGAAUCGAGUAUUAAAAGUGAUAUUGUAGACAAAUAUAGACAGGUCCAAGAAUUGAAAACAAAGGUCGAACACAUCGAUUUCCUACUCAACUUGGAAUCUGUCAAAACUGUUCUCGUCCGUCUCUCCAAAGAUAAAAACAACUUGUUGAAGAUUUUAGAUUCAAUGGCAGACAUCAUCUCCAAUUAUUCGCUCUUGAAAGAUAUUAACAGUAAGAAGAAAAUUAUCAUUCCCGAAAGAAAGGAAAAUGAUUAUAUUGAUAAUGUCAUUAUGAGGCAUAUGCAAUUGUGUCUGCAAUCUUAUAGACAUCACAAUGAAAUGAAUCCAUCUUCAAAAGUCUACAUUCCAGAUAAAAUUCAAAAGAUUUGCUAUGAUAGAAUUUACAAUGACAUUUUCAUUGAAGACUGUGGUAAACUCCUCGGUGAAAUUUCAAGUUUCCAAUUAGACAGUGUUUUACAAAUCUUGUUGACAAGCUUUGAAAAAGUCGGCAAAUCGCAAACUGAAGCUAAAAACUUUUUACCAUUACAAAAACUUACCAAAUAUCUCGAUUUUAGCUUUGCCGAUGAGGAACGCACAGAAGGUACUCUGAAAUAUCUCGAUGCCAUUCGUCAAAAGUUUCCAAAUUUGAAAAAAGGAAAGAAGGAAUUAAUGCCAUUCAUUUGUGAAACACUUAUUCACAUUUAUGAACAGACCUUGACUGGAGUGUUCAUGCAUGAUGAAGAAUUCAAAUUACUUGAUAAUGUUGAACAUUGGGAGAAACGUAAAAAGCAAUUCAAACAAUUCUCAUCAAACAAUGAAGCAAACAAUCGCUUUUGGCUAUUCUUCCAAGAAAUUUAUGACAAUUUGUCAAAAUUGGCUCAAAAGAAAGAAGCUGAAACGAUUGAUUUAGUCACAUGCAUGGCUAUGAUGAUCUGUCGUGCUAAGGAAGAUUUAUAUCUUCAAUAUUUCCCUGAACUUAUCAAAUAUUUCCAAGAUGGACUCAAAGAUAAGAAGGAAAGAUUUGCAUUCUUCAAAUCUAUCAAACUUUUUGUAACUUAUUUACCUAGUGAUUACAUCACCAAAGAUUUAGAAAGAUUUAGUUCCUUUGUGAAAUUUGUUUCAGACCAAAUUUUCCACAAGAAAGUCAUUCUGAAUGAACACAGACAAGAUGCAGAGACAUUCUUGGUCGAAUAUGCAAAGAAACAACUUCACAGAACAUGGCCAAAACUCAUGGAUGAAAUUCUCAAACCAGAGAAUAUGAAACUUCACACCAAUGAACAUCGAGCUGUUGCUCUUUCAUCCAUCGCACGAGUUGCUCGAUUAUUCCCAGAUGAAAUUGGAAAACAAAAUUAUGUAUUGGGAGUUCUUUGUACAUCAAUCUUUACCGAUGAAAAGAUGAGACAAGAUGUUUCAUUGUUGAGAAAUGUGUUGAAAUGUUUCCCAAGAGUUAGAAACACUUCUGAAGAGAAAAUGAAAGAGAUUAGAAAUAUUAUUGGAACUCAUUGUUUGUUACAUCCUGAUCGAUUUGUUUCAAGAAAUGCAUCAGAAGCUCUUGUCACAUCGGUUGAAUUGGAACCAGGAAAGACCUUUGUCGAUGUUGUUGAAAAGUAUCGAGAAGUAUUAGUGAAAGUGAAUGAAAUUUCCGCUGAGACUGCUUCAAGACUUUUGAAUGAUUUAUAUCUCGUUCUUGAAACUUUUAUUCACAAAGUUCAGGAAUCUGAAAAACUCAUUCUUGGACUCGAUGUUCAAGAAUAUAACUCUGUCAGAAAGAAGGUUGAAGCCAUGUGCCUUCUUUAUAUCAUUAACACUUCACGUGUCAAAGUUCAAGCUGUCAAAGUGUUAAAACAAUUGUCAAGACCCGAGUUGAAAGCAAUUACCAAAGAAGUGGCUUCUGCAAAUACCUAUCUCUUGGAUGACUCUAUUUUGGUAUUACCACCACUUCCUGUUGACACUAAAAAGUACAAUCCAAACUACAUGCCACACAUUGAAGAAAUGUGCAAACAUCAUGUGGAUGAUGCGAUUACUAAAGCUUGGGAUGAACUUGUCAAACGUUGGAGUUAUGGAAUUGCUGAUUUAGAUCUCAAGCGUAUUGAAUUAUUGGCCAAUUAUUUGAAAUUCCUUUGUUUAUCCAUUCGACCAUUCUUGAGUGGAAAGGCAGAAUCUUUCUUACUCGAAUUGGUUCAAUUAUUGACCAAACAAAACUCUUCGUAUCGUAAUCAUGACAAGAUUAAGACUGCUGUGUUAAAUGCUCUCGAGUGUUUACAUCCAACAAGUUUAUACAUGUUAUUAACACAAAUUAGAUUGGUAGAAGUACAAAGAACAUUUAUUAAGAAAGAAAAUAGAAUUGAAAGUAGUGAUCCUGAUUAUGAACAACAUAUCAUUUCUCUCUUGAAAAGAAUUAUCACCAAAACCAUCAGUCACGUGUCACCCACAGAAUUCUUGUUUGUAAAACAAGGAAUUUCAGUGAGAGACUUCUUUGAUGAACUCAUCUCUAAUUGGACUUGCAAAGAAAGAAUUGAUGUUAAGGACAUUCCUGGUUCUUACCUCACUCUUUCCACAUGGAAGGAUGCUGUUGAAAUUGUUGCCACUUAUUUGAAACAUUUGAAUGCCAUUAGUAAGCAAACAGCUCUUGAGAAGAGUGCUGACAUUGCUGAACAAGCAUGUGUUCAUAGUCACAUGUUCAAGAAACACAAUGUUCACAUUGCACUUGUCAAAAUUUUCAAUUUCUUGCAUUCCACUCCACUUAGCAUUACAGUUCAAGAAGCUGCCAACGCUGUUCAAUAUUUGUGUGCCUUUGGAACCAUUGAGGAUGAAAAGUUCAUUAAUGAAAUUCGUAAAUAUUUUGAAACAGUGAUUGUGAAUAAUAGAAACGAAGUGGAUAUUGUUCCAGCCAUGUCAGAAUUUUUGAAAAAUAAUCCACAAACCAUUCGUUUAUUUAUCAUCAAUUCAUAUUAUGAAUCAUUCAAUAGAGCUUUGAAAGAUGAUUUGGAAAGUACAGAUGAUGAUGACAUUAUGAAUAAUAGACUUAAGAAAUCUCAACUCAAAGGAUCUAAAAAGGAAGUCGAAGGUCUUCUUGAAAAGGAAAUUCAAGAACGUGAGUUUGAAAGACAAAAAUUCAAAUCCAGCAUUCCACACAUUUGUAAGAGUUACUUGUCAGCCAUUGUAAAAGUCAUGGAAGAUCACUUGGAUCACUGGAUUCAAGAACAAUUUGUCACAUUGGGUGGAAUGUUUUAUCUUGCACUCAUUCAUUCGUGUACGAGAGGACAUGUUUCCAUGCGUGACAAGGCACAUGAAUUAAUUAAUAUUAUUAUCAAAUCAGAUGCUGCUGAUGGAACCAUUAAUUAUGGAACUACUUAUCAUGGAACAAGUAUUGGUGAUGAAAGUGUCUUUAAGAAGACAAUGUAUAAUUUUUCAGAGUUUGUUUCCAAGAGCACUCCUCAAAUUACAUUUGAUAUGUUUGUGGAGGCUGACAAAACUGUGGAUUUAUUGGAUGGUGUCAAUAGGGAGAAUACUCUUCGUAUUUUGAUUCCAUGGGCUUACAAUUUUGGAGGUUAUGUGAAAACAUGUAUGGAUAAUGGAGUUGGUGAUGGCAACUACAAGAUGAAAGAUUUCAAAUCUCAAACCUUGUUGAAACAUGUGUACUCUCUCACUGAGAAACUUCAUGGAGGAGAAGAUUUACUUGUGGAUGAUUCACUAAAAACAACCAACCUCAACAAACACUAUCUCGAAAAGAUUUGGUACAACUUGAUCAAAUCUUCUGAACAAUGCAAAUGGGUCAUUCCUGAGACUGUCAAAUUCAUUGUUGAGAAUUAUGACUUUGUUUUUUCUCAAACCAAGGAUAGUGCCAAUCAACCCAUUAAUCCAACUCAUACCUUGUUGAGAGCUGUCUUUGUCUACAUUUGCAGAGACGAGAAGAGUUUACCAUUCAUUCUUGAGAACAUUGUUGUUUAUUUGAGAGAUUACAAGUCAAAAUUCCCAGAAACCAAGAAAGACAUUGCUCAAUUUAUUAUUGACAGAGGACUUGAGUCUCCACCUAAUGCUGAAAUUUCCAACUUGGAAUUGAGUGCAUUGCAAAUACUUGUUGACAUUACUUAUGAACAUGAUCUUGCUCUCAUUCCACACUUGCCAAAACUCUUCAUGAAUUGCAUUGUUCUUUUCAAUUCAAGCCAAAACACAAGAACAUACACAGAAUCUAAACUUAUUCUUGGAAAUAUUUGUCAAUCCCUUGCCAUUAGACAUCGAGACCAAAAUACUUCAACCACGAGUUAUGUGGAAAAGGUAUUCCAAUUCUUGGCUGAAAAUUUGAGGAAUAAUAACGUGCAAAAAUUAACACGAGUUCGAUCUUUCAUCACACAAUGGACUGAAUAUGUUUCAAAGAGGCAUCGUCCUGACCUAGCUGAAGCCAUUUCUGAAAUGGCACUUAAUUGGGCUCUUCAAUCCAAAGACAACAAGAUUUCACUUGAAUCAUACUAUGUCUUUGAAGCACUCAACAAGAACUUUGCCUAUGAUGUGAUUGAGAAACUCGUUGCUGGAUUUUUCGAUGCUGUUCGAGUAAGAGAUGAUGCCAAAAUUUCAAUUAUUAUGGACAUCUUCUUCAACAUUCCAUCUGACAAGUUGGCUCCUCCAAAAGUUUCAAAACUCUUAUUCCAAGUUGUUUUCUGGCUCUUCUUCUCAUGGAAUAGAUCUCACUUUGCAAGAGGACUCAAAUAUAUGCUCAAAUUGCAAUCUCUCUCUCAAAGUGACAACAUUGAUGAAUCUGUUUUGAACUCAUCCAUGUACAAUGUAUGGAAGGGAUACACUGGUGAAGAGACUGUCGAUGUUAGUGUGGCACGUGUGAUUUACAAGGGUAUUUUCGAUCAAGAAACAUUUGCAGACACCUUUGAAUUGUAUAAUAAUUUGAUCUAUCGAUUUGAUACAUUCCUUCCAAAGGGUUCUAAUAUGCUUGUUGCCACAACAUUACUUAUUCAAGCAGUUCUCUUCCUUUCUGGAGAUUUCUCAAAGAAACAACAUCUCAACAAGUUGUUUGACAAGUAUGCAAAUGAAUUGGCUGAAUUCAAGACUACCUUUACAACCUAUGAACAAGAAUUCCGUAAAGUUCAAUCGUCAUUAGUCACCAACGAAGAAUUAGUUUGUGACAUGGUGGAUCAUAAUAAGGCAACCACACAAUUCGCUCAAAAUUUCUCAAGUGCAUUCCAAAAGGUCUUCUUCAACAAGAAUGGCAACUUUGUGGCUUGGGCUCUAAUUUCCUUACCAAAGAAUGCAAGUAUCAAUAAUUGGGCCUUUGCUUCCCUUUUACUUCUCAGCAAAUUAUUGCCAGUUAUUUUCCAACCAGGAUUUUGGUCUAUUGCUGAAAUGAGCAACAUUUCAAAGGUUGUGAUGGAAUGCAUGCCAGACGGAAAAUGCAAUCUUCUCUUCAAAAAUCCUCUCUUCCAAUCUGCUUCCAGAGAUAUUAUGGAAUUUAUUUCAUUCCAUGCUCAUGAAAAGCAACAAGUCUAUACCAAGAAGGAAGCAGAAAUUGUGUUCCCAUUCUUGAAUCCAACACAUGGCUUUGAAAAGGCAGUCAGAUCUGUUGGACCAAGUGACAACGAAGCAUUCGUUGGAACCAAUGAACUUGAAAAGAAUAUUGCUCGUACUGAAAUUAUUUGCAGAAUGUGGUAUCAAUCAUUUAGUUUGCAAAUCGAUCCAAAUGCCAACAAAGAUGAAGCUGAACUCUUGAAUACCAUUAUUGAUUUCAAAUCUCUGGAAUCUACGGAACCUGUUGCUCCAAGUACUCCUGUGGUUGCAAAUUAUUCCAAAGUUAUUGCAAGAAGAAAUACCCAGGAUGAAUCUCCUUUGCUUACUCCUCCAUUGGACGCACAACAAGUUGACGAUCACGGUGAUCAAGGCGAUCUCAACGGCGACGAUGACGAGCCUGAAGAUAUCAUGAUACCUCCUCCACCAGAGAGUGACAGCGACGAUGAGGAAACUGUUGAAUCUCAAUCAUCUGUUCAAUAA